AUGGCUAAGGAGGUAGACAUGUCGCUUUUUAGCGUCUUGGAGCCUUUUCGGCGGGUUAUAAAUACUGAUCAGCCAAAAGUCUCGGCGUCUACGAAAUUGAAUUUUUCGGAUAAUAGUAAUCAAUCCAUUAAAGAUAAUAGCAGUCAAUCCAUAAAAGAAGAUAUUUCUAACCUCUUGUCGCUGGGCAAGCGAAAAUUGAGUCUUGGUGGCACAGAGACCGCGACGCCAGAAAAGCGGAACCGUACGGAGUCCACUGGAUCAGCAUCCGUACCACCUUCGCCGUGGGAAGCUAAGAGACUGAAGAUAGACCUGAUUGCCGCCAAGGCGCAGAUCACAAAACUAGAAGCCCGAGUAAGCCGCCAGCAUACCAUCCGUAAAGAGAUGCAGAUACUCUUUGAAGAGGAAAAAGCAUCUCUUAUGGAACAGCAUAAAAGAGAUGAAAGAGCUCUUUCUGAUAUGGAUGACAGGCUACAGUUAAUCAGAAGACGAGAACAGGAGUUAAAGGAUGAGUUUAAUGAGGUUGUAAAAGAGCAUAAAGACAGCAAAGCCCAAUGGGAGAAGGAUAAAGCAGAGUUACAAAAACAAAUAGCUGACUUGAAGGACAAAUUGCUGGAGGCCAAUGUCAGCAGUAAAGAUCAGGUCUCCGAGAUGAAGAAAGACAUGGAUGAGUUGUUACAGGCCUUAGAAGGCGCUCAAUCAGAAAUUGAAAUGCUCAAGAAAGAAUUAGCAAAACAAACAAGUCGGGCUGAGCAGUGCACACAGAUGAGAACACAGUUGGAGAAACAGACUUUUGAACUGCAGCAGGUUUCCAGUAAACUCAAAGAGUUGGAGUAUGAGAGGGACUCUUAUAAAGAUUGGCAACAACAGGCUAAGACAGCCCAAAAACGCCUAUCAAACAUGGCGGAAUUAGAGAAAGAAGUAACGCGUCUCCGCCAAACCGAACGGUCACUUCGUGACGCAGUAUGCAAUAAGCUUCUAUUGGAAGAACAAGUUCAUAUUCUCACUACCAAGGUUGAAUCCUUGCAACCUGUGCAACAAGAGUUGCAUGAAGCUAAGGUAAAAAUCGCCUGUUUGGAAUCGUCACUAGAAGACUGGAUAGCAGCGGCGCGGGCGCAUGGUGUGGAGACAGCGCGAGCGCUUUCUUCGGCCCUCGACUCUGCUCUUAGUAACCAGCUUACCGCUGUUGCUAACAACUCACAAGUACAGUCACAGUUCACGCAGCUUACCGAGGAAGUGGCAUCAGCGAAGUACGAGCGCGAUAAGGCGACAUCGAAGUUGAAUGACCUCCUAACAGUUCGCAAGAACCACGAGAACCUCAUUCAUAGACUGCAGAAGCGACUGCUGUUGGUCACGAGGGAACGAGAUAGCUAUAGGCAACAACUGGAUUGCUACGAGAAGGAGUUAACAGUAACGCUGUGCGGCGAAACAGGCGCGGGUAGUGCAGCGCUGCUGUCGGCGAGAGUCGAGCAUCUGGAAAAGGCCCUGCAGGGGUACAGAGACCUGGUGCAGCAGAAUGACAACGCGGGGCAGGCCAAGGAGUCGUCCGAAGAAUACCUAACCUUCCAGCUGUCUGACGAUGGUAUAGAAAUGGUUCAUACAGAAUACUCUUCCACGCUUGGCGAGUUGGUAGAGCUGCAUUUACACCAUCAUCGGUCUAUACCGGUAUUUUUGUCCGCGCUUACUAUGGAACUUUUUACUAGGACUACUAUGCAACAGCAGGAUUGUUAG